UUGCCAGAGAGCAUACAGUGGAAACGGAGACUUUUUGGGUUAAACGGAAUGGAACUCUGUUGAGGCGUGUGCUGUAGAGACAAGCUUUCCAAAGUAUAAACAAGACAAAAUGGCAGGGCCUCGCCUCCUGUUGGGGUCUCUGCUGUUCCUGAGCAGCAUUUUUUCCACCCGCUCCUCCUUCCAGCCAGCUCUGGUGCUGGACAUGGCUCAGAUACUCCUCGACAACUACUGCUUCCCAGAGAACCUCUUCGGCAUGCAGGAGGCGAUACAGCAAGCCAUCAACAGCGGAGAGAUCCUCCGCGUAUCGGAUCCAAAAACGCUGGCCACUCUGCUGACCACAGGGGUGCAGGGCGCGCUCAACGACCCACGGCUGACGAUCUCCUACGAGCCCAACGGCGUCAACGCGAGGCCCCCCGCCCGGUCCCGUCUCUCCCCCGAGCGCCUGAUGAAGAUGAUCAGGAAUUCCGUCAGGUUCGAAUUACUAGAGAACAACACGGGAUAUCUGAGGAUGGACCGUGUAAUGGGGAAGGAAGGGGCAGAAAAAAUGAGCUUGUUUCUCCUGGAGAACAUCUGGAGCAGAGUCUUGCCAACCUCCGCACUGAUUUUGGACCUGCGCUACGCCACCUCUGGCGACACGUCAGGCAUACCGUACGUGGCGUCCUACUUUUUUGACGCCACGCAGAUCGUCCACAUCGACUCUGUGUACAAUCGACCAACCAACACAACACAGGAGCUGUGGACUCUACUAGCACUUCCCGGGAAGAGGUAUGAAAAGCCUAAAGACCUGAUCAUUUUAAUAAGCAAACGCACCUCUGGUGCUGCUGAGGGCAUUGCGUACACUCUCAAGCACCUGCAUCGAGCUAUUGUGGUAGGGGAGAGGUCUGCCGGGGGUUCCAUGAACAUUGAGAAACUGAGGAUUGGGGACUCAAAGUUUUACAUCACCGUUCCUGUCGCCAGAUCCAUUAAUCCUGUAACAGGACAGAGUUGGGAGGUGAGUGGAGUGUCACCCAGUGUGGUCAUCAAUGCUAAAGAAGCUGUCGACAAAGCCAAAUCCAUCCUCAGAGUUAGAAGAGCUAUCCCUACAGUGGUUCAGAACAUCUCCAACACAAUUAAACACUUCUACUCCUUCACAGACAAAGUCCCGUCUCUUCUUCACCACUUAGCGUCAACCGAUUUCUUUUCCACAAUCUCAGAAGAGGACUUGGUGGCCAAACUGAACUACGAGCUGCAGUACGUGACUGAAGACCCCAGACUGAGCGUGAAAAUGGCGAUGGACAUCUCUGCCACUGUCGAGGACUCCGUCGAGCUGACCGACAAGCUGGAUGUUCGCGCUUCCGGCGAAGGCGUGGUGGACCGGAUUUUCAAAGUGAACAUUCUGCCGGGAAACACAGGCUAUAUCCAGUUCGAUGGGUUUGCCGAGGUGCGCCGGUUGGCGGAAUCACGGCCCCAGGUUAUCAGGAAGGUACUGGACUCCAUCGGAGACACAGAAAACCUCAUCAUUGACCUCCGUUCCAAUAUAGGGGGGCCUUCGGAUGCAGUGCCCCUUCUGCUUUCCUAUUUUCAUGACGCGUCUCCUCCGACUCACUUCUACACGAUUUACAGCCGGGUGGGAAACAACACGACUGAAUUUCGCACGCUGCCCAGCACCCGCUUGGGCACACCCUACGGGUCGAAGAAGGGGAUCUACAUCCUGACGAGCCACUACACCGCCACUUCCGCCGAGGAAUUCUCCUACCUCAUGCAGUCGCUUCACCGAGCCACUGUCAUCGGAGAGAUCACAUCCGGCACUCUCCUGCACUCCAAAUCUUUUCCAGUAGAGGGCACAGACAUAGUCGUUACCAUCCCAAUUGUAAACCUCAUAGACAAUAAUGGGGAAUGCUGGCUUGGAGGGGGUGUCGUCCCGGAUGCUAUUGUGUUAGCAGAAGAAGCGUUGGACAGGGCACUUGAAAUCAUCGCGUUCCACCCUGAAGUCCACUCCCUGGUGGACGGUACCGGGGAGCUGGUGGAGGGACAUUACGCUCUCACAGAAGUGGCCACAAAGAUCAGAGAAGUCCUCAGGUCAAAAUGGGCAGAGGGCCUGUAUCGGUCAGUCGUGGACUACGAGUCCCUCGCUUCUGAGCUGACCACUAAUCUUCACGACAUAUCAGGAGAUCACCGCCUGCACGUCUUCUACAGCGACACUGAGCCAGACACGUUUGAUGAGGUACCCGACAUUCCAACUGCAGAGGAACUCGGGUACAUUAUCAACGACCUCUUCAAGACGGAGAUCCUUCCCGGCAACGUUGGCUACCUGAGAUAUGACAUGAUGGCGGAUGUGGAGACGGUGAGAGCUCUCGGCCCUCAGCUGGUUAAGCUCGUCUGGAACAAGCUGGUCAACACCGACACACUGAUCAUCGACAUGCGGUACAACACAGUGGGUUACUCCACCGCCAUUCCCCUCCUCAGCUCUUACUUCUUCGAAGCGGACUCGGUGCGGCAUCUCUACACUCUGUUCGACCGCACCGCGGCAGCCACGACCAAAGUCACGACGCUCCCUCGGACGCUGGGGCGGAGGUACGGGCCUCACAAGGACGUCUACAUUCUCACCAGUCACAUGACCGGAUCGGCGGCAGAGGUGUUCACGAGAGCGAUGAAAGACCUGGGCCGGGCCACGGUCGUCGGGGAAGCGACCAUCGGAGGCUCGCUGUCAAGCGGGACAUAUCAGAUCAGGGACAGCCCCUUGUACGUGUCCGUUCCCACGCACGCGGUCCUGAGCGCGGUGACCGGAAAAGUCUGGAACGUUACCGGAGUCGAGCCGCACGUCACUGCCCUGGCGAACGACGCGCUGAUCACUGCUGAAAAAAUCAUCCGCCUUCGAGCCAAAACGUCCUCCAUCGUCCAAACGGCGGGCCGUCUGGUGGCUGAUAACUAUGCUUUCUCGCCGAUUGGAGCGGAAGUGGCAGAGAAACUUACUGACCGCGCUAAGAAGGGCCAGUAUAAAGCAAUCAAUUCUGAGGCAGAACUCAGCACAAAGCUCUCGGCUGAUUUGACAGAGCUAUCGGGAGAUAAAAAUCUCAAGAUGACCUAUAUUCCAGAGACCUCCAAAGCCAUUUUUGGGCCAAAACAUAAGCAGACGCAGUCCCCAGAGACGCUGGCCGAGCUCAUUACGCUUUCCUUCCACACAGACGUGCUGGAGAACAACAUCGGCUACCUUCGAUUCGACACGUUCUGGGAUUUCGAAGUGACUGCCAAAAUAGCGGAGCUGCUGGCGAAGCAUGUCUGGAUCAAAAUCUUGAAUACCGACGCUCUUAUUCUUGACCUCAGGUACAAUGUGGGUGGAUCCCUGAACUCUGUUCUGGGUCUGAGCACCUUUUUCCUUGGUGUGAAUGAAAAGAUUCUGCUGGACAGACUGUAUAACCGGUCCUCCGACAGCACGUUCGAGAUGUGGGCUCCACCCGGCCUCACAGCAGAGCCGUACGCCCUGGGGAAGUGUGUGGUCGUUCUGACCAGCGCCGCGACGGCCGGGCCCGCCGAGGAGUUCGUGGACGUGUUGAAGCGCCUCGGCAGGGCCACCGUCGUGGGCCAGAAGACCAGCGGCGGCACGCGGUACUCCGGAACCUUCCGCGUGGACGGGACCGACCUGUACCUGAGCGUCCCCACGGUGCGGUCGGCGGACGGCGCGCGGGGAGGAGCCCCCUCCUGGGAGGGGGUGGGCGUCGACCCCCACGUCGCUGUGCCCCCGGACGCCGCCCUGGCCAAAGCCAAGGAGAUUUUGAACGAGCGCCGCGCUGAGGUGGAGUGAACAGGCUCAGCAACGAGGGGGGAGGGGCCGUAGGCUCCAACCUCCAGUCAGGGAGGGUGGCGGUGUCUGCACAUUAACUCAGUUUCCUUUCAAUUAGCAGCCAACGUCAGCCUCAGAAACUCAGGGACAUGUACUAGUUAGCCAAUCAGUGAUAGAUUAAGCAGUUUAGCCCUGAAAUACACUGCAAAAACAGCAGCUUAUAGGGGGCUGAUCCCUACUAUAGGUUUUGUGAUUCAUACUCUCAUGCGUCUGAAGUGUUUAUAGCAACUUACAGUUUUUCUUGUAGUUAUGUGCGUGAUAAUAAAGGAUAGUGUUAAGAACCUGUGUAUUGUCAAACCUAAAAGAUUAAAAUAGUCAUAAAAAUAUCUGUUAUGCUCAUCUCAAGUGAACAGCUUAGACAACUAUUUUAAACUCUAAACAUAUAAAACAAUAUGGUUUAUGUAAAAUAAAUCUUUCAAACUUUCUCUACAUUUUGUUAUGCAAAUCAUGAGUUCUUUAUAGUUUUGUGGUCAUGUCCUUCAUGAAUUGUUGCCUAUGUAUUUUUUCUUUAUAUUUUAAUUGUAAUACUGUAUAUGUUUGUUUUGUAAAUGAUAAUUUGUGUAAACAUUUGCUUUGGCAAAAAGACCUAAAUAUACUAGUACAUCUUAUUUUGUGAGUGGAAGCAAAUCACAUGCACAGUAGAAAACCAACUACUGUAAUGUACUGAUAUGUAAUGUCCAAGAACUAUUUCUCCAAACUUUGGUCUUAGUUGCAGCGAUUCUUUGCAGUCAGAUAGAAGCAACAGGAAUGAGUGAGACAGGUGUUACAUUAUGAAUGAGACAGGCCACACUGGGUAAAGCCAAAGAUAUCCUCCACUGAAAAUUGUUAAAGAACAUUUUUAAGCAAAAUUGA